AUGGUGAAGCUGGUGCUGCCCAACCCGGGCUUGGAGGAGCGCAUCCCGUCCCUGGGGGAGCUGGACACCAUCGAGGCCGCUGAGGCCUCGUCCAGGCCCAAGUGGGACAACAAGGCGCAGUACAUGCUCACCUGCGUGGGCUUCUGCGUGGGCCUGGGCAACGUGUGGCGCUUCCCCUACCUCUGCCAGAGCCACGGAGGAGGAGCCUUUAUGAUCCCGUUCCUCAUCCUGCUGGUGGUCGAGGGCAUCCCGCUGCUGCACAUGGAGUUCGCCAUCGGCCAGAGGCUGCGCAAGGGCAGCGUGGGCGUCUGGAGCUCCAUCCACCCGGCCCUGAAGGGUGUCGGCAUCGCCUCCAUGUUCGUGUCCUUCAUGGUGGGCUUCUACUACAACACCAUCAUCGCCUGGGUCAUGUGGUACUUCUUCAACUCCUUCCAGGAGCCCCUGCCCUGGAGUCAGUGCCCCCUCAACAAGAACGAGACAGGCUACGUGGACGAGUGCGCCAGGAGCUCCUCCGUGGACUACUUCUGGUACCGGGAGACGCUCAACAUCUCCAAGUCCAUCGACGAGUCGGGCACCAUCCAGUGGUGGAUCCUGCUCAGCCUGACGUGCGCCUGGAGCGUGCUCUACGUGUGCACCAUCCGGGGCAUAGAGACCACCGGGAAGGCUGUGUACAUCACGUCGACGCUGCCUUAUGUGGUCCUGACCAUCUUCCUCAUCCGAGGCUUGACCCUGAAGGGAGCCACCAACGGCAUCGUCUUCCUCUUCACGCCAAACGUCACGGAGCUGGCCAAUCCGGUCACCUGGCUGGACGCAGGGGCCCAGGUGUUCUACUCCUUCUCCCUGGCCUUCGGCGGCCUCAUCUCCUUCUCCAGCUACAACUCGGUGCACAACAACUGUGAGAAGGACUCCGUGAUCGUGUCCAUCAUCAACGGCUUCACGUCCGUUUACGCGGCCACCGUGGUCUACUCCAUCAUCGGCUUCCGGGCCACGGAGCGCUACGAUGAGUGCUUUGACAGAAACAUCCUCACCCUCAUGAACGGGUUUGACCUGCCCGAGGGCAACGUGACCCAGGACAACUUUGCCGAGAUGCAGCAGUGGUGCAACCUCACCAACCCCGUGGCCUACGCACAGCUCACCUUCCAGACCUGCGACAUGAACUCCCUCCUCUCAGAGGGCGUGGAGGGCACAGGGCUGGCCUUCAUCGUCUUCACCGAGGCCAUCACCAAGAUGCCCGUGUCCCCGCUGUGGUCGGUUCUCUUCUUCAUCAUGCUCUUCUGCCUCGGCCUGUCGUCCAUGUUCGGGAACAUGGAGGGUGUGGUGGUGCCUCUGCAGGACCUCAAGAUCCUCCCGGCCAAGUGGCCCAAGGAGGUGGUCACAGGCCUCAUCUGUCUGGGGACCUACCUCCUGGCCUUCAUCUUCACCCUGAACUCGGGCCAGUACUGGCUCUCCCUGCUGGACAGCUAUGCCGGCUCCAUCCCCCUGCUCAUCAUCGCCUUCUGUGAGAUGUUCGCGGUCGUCUACGUGUAUGGCGUGGACAGGUUUAAUAAGGAUAUUGAAUUCAUGAUUGGUCACAAGCCCAACAUCUUCUGGCAAGCCAUGUGGAGAGUAAUCAGUCCGCUGCUCAUGUUGGUCAUCUUCUUGUUCUUCUUCGUGAUCAAGGUCAAUGAGGAGCUGACGUACAGCGUCUGGGACCCAGACUAUUCAGAAUUCCCCAAGUCACAGAAGACCACGUACCCCGGCUGGGUGUACGCUGUGGUGGUCAUUGUGGCCGGGGUACCCUGCCUCACCAUCCCCGGCUUCGCCAUCUACAAGCUCAUCCGGAAUCGCUUCCAGAGGCGUGGAGACCAGCAAGGGCUCGUCAGCACUCCGUCCUUGCCCUCGAUCAACGGAGACAUCAAGUACUGA